GUAGAAAGGCGGUGUGUCCGCGCUGCAGCAAGCUAGGCUGGCUGUCAGCUACCGGAGCUAACAGCAGGAGGAUGACACCACAGCGACUCUAAACGCUUUUAACUCCACUUUGUCCCCCCAAAACUGAGUCCCCCGGUAACGUUAGUCUGUGCGGCUCUGAGGUUUUUCCGUGUUGUCCCCGGUUUGUUUCUGAAGCUCUUCCGGUACUUUUGACAGUGUUGUUCAGACCUGACCAGUGACCUGACCGGCGAAGCGAUGGCGGAGUUCCAGGAGAAACUCUUUCAGCAGCAUGAAGACUCGAUGCACCGCGAGCUGGAGGCGCUCAUCGCCACGGCCGACAAGGCCGAGGCAGAGGCGACCAGAAAAGAUUUCGACGGCUUCAAGAAGCUCUUCAACAGAUUCCUGAAGGUCAAAGGUCCUUCGAUCGACUGGGCCAAGAUCCACCGGCCUCCGGAGGGCUCGAUUCAGUCCUAUGAGAAGAUCAAGUUGAAAGGUCUCCCUGAUGACAUCGCCGCCAGCCUCAACAAGCUCGCUGUGGUAAAGCUGAACGGCGGACUGGGAACCAGUAUGGGCUGCAAGGGCCCCAAGAGUCUGAUCAGCGUCCGCAACGAAAACACCUUCCUGGACCUGACCGUCCAGCAGAUAGAGCACCUGAACAAAGCCUUCAACGCCGACGUGCCGCUCGUUCUCAUGAACUCCUUCAACACUGCCGAAGAAACAAAGAAGAUCCUACAGAAGUACAAACACCAUCGCGUCCAUAUCCACACCUUCAACCAGAGCAGAUAUCCGAGAAUCAACAAGGAGUCCCUGCUGCCGAUCGCCAAAACCAUGCGGGUGAACGGGGACAGCGUGGAGGCCUGGUACCCGCCGGGUCACGGCGACAUCUACACCAGUUUCUACAACUCCGGGCUGCUGGACAAACUCAUCGCCGAGGGGAAAGAGUACAUCUUCGUGUCCAACAUCGACAACCUGGGCGCCACCGUCGACCUCUUCAUCCUCCGCCACCUGAUGAGCCAACCGGCCGACAAACGCUGCGAGUUCAUCAUGGAGGUCACCGACAAGACCAGAGCUGACGUCAAGGGCGGGACUCUGAUCCAGUACGACAAUCACCUGAGGCUGCUGGAGAUCGCUCAGGUACCCAAAGCUCACGUAGACGAGUUCAAGUCCGUCACCAAGUUCAAGAUCUUCAACACCAACAACCUGUGGAUCUCUCUGCCCGCCAUCAAGAGGCUGCACGAGAAGAACGCCAUGGACCUGGAGAUCAUCGUCAACCCGAAGACGUUGGAAGGCGGCCUGAACGUCAUCCAGCUGGAGACGGCCGUGGGCGCCGCCAUCAAGAGCUUCGACAACGCCCUGGGCGUGAACGUCCCCCGCAGCCGCUUCCUGCCGGUGAAGACGUCGUCCGACCUGCUGCUGGUGAUGUCCAACCUGUACAGCCUGGACAACGGCUCGCUCACCAUGAGCAAGGAGAGAGAGUUCCCCACCACGCCGCACGUCAAGCUGGGCAGCUCCUUCACCAAGGUUCAGCAGUUUCUGGCUCGGUUUGAAAACAUCCCCGAUAUGUUGGAGCUCGAUCACCUCACCGUGUCGGGAGACGUCACCUUCGGAAAGAACGUCUCUCUGAAGGGAACCGUCAUCAUCAUAGCGAAUCACGGCGACCGGAUCGAUAUUCCCGCCGGAGCGAUGCUGGAGAACAAGAUCGUUUCAGGAAACCUGCGUAUCCUCGACCACUGAGGCCUUCUGGGAAACAAGACGCUCUCGCUCGAAGCCAUUUUGCACCCUAGAAGAGACUUUAAAAGAGAGAUUUGUUUUUUUUUCUCCUCUCGUCGACGAUGAACGGCAGGACUGUUACUGAGACAAAGAAUCGCUUUUUGUUUUUCGUGUGACGCAGCUCAUCAUGAAGCUUUUCAGGAAUAAACUUGCUGUUAACUGCAGACAGUCUGAGCCGGCUGCUUGUCUUUAUCUGAGGUCAAUAAACGUGCAACAUGAGUCA